AUGCAAUCAAUUCAUGACCACGAGUUUGCACAGUUUCUGAUGAGGAUUGGAGAUGGCAAUGAACCUGCUAAAGAGGAUGACAUGGUCAAGAUGCCUGCUGAAAUUGUAAUACCAUGGGAAGGAGAAAGCUCCAUAAAAAAGCUUAUACAACAUACAUUUCCCCAAUUAGAAAACCAUGGAUGGAAUGCUUCAUAUAUGGUGGAGAGAGCCAUACUUACUCCCAAAAAUUGUGAUGUACAUAUGUUGAAUGACAUGAUUAGUAAUAAGUUCCCUGGAGAUGAACAUAUUUUGUUAUCUUUUGAUGAGGUUGAGGGCCACAAUGCUGGAAAAAGAGCUUUCUUGCCAAUAAUUAAGCUCAAAACCACUGAUGGUGCAGGACUUCCUUUUGUGCUUAUUAGAAAACACUUUCCAGUCAAACUAAGUUUUGCAAUCAUUAUAAAUAAAUCACAAGGACAAACAAUUCCAAAUGUCGGAAUUUAUAUUCCACGACAUGUUUUCAGUCACGGACAAUUGUACGUUGCUUUAUCAAGAGGUGUUUCGCGGGCUGCAACAAGAGUGCUAAUUAAAGACGGAAAAGUAGAGGGGGAAGAAGGGGAUUUUACCAAAAAUAUAGUUUUUAAAGAAAUUUUGUUGUCACAACCUCAGGCAACAAUGUCACUUAAUAUCUCUGUUAAUGUUUAUGUUUAUUUGCUUAAUAAACAGUAA